AUGAGGCCAAGGCUUUCUUCGAGGCGAACGAAAUCAAGGUGCAUGUCCCGCCGUCGAAGGAUGGUCGACACCCUGCCACUCGAGGGAUUCAAGAUGAAGGGAUUCGCAAAGACUCUGGUCAAACACUGCGAGGGGAAGUUCAGCAAGCCCACCCCGAUACAGGCUGUUUGCUGGCCGAUAGCGAUGCAGAGGACGACAGACUUGUGCGGCGUCGCAAAGACAGGCAGUGGCAAGACAUUGGCUUUCGUUGUGCCGUACCUCUCCAUGUCCAGGAGGGGUGUCCUAGAGGUCUACGAGCAGCCCUGUGCCACGCCACGGUUUGUGGCCAUGGGCCCCACGCGGGAACUCGUGAUGCAAAUAGCGCAGGUUUGUAAGGAUCUUUCCGCUGCCAUGGCGGACGAAGUCAGUUUUCCAGUGCAGUGCAUCUACGGAGGCGUCCCCAAGCGGGACCAGCGUCAGGCCUUGGAGCAGGAGGGCGUAGACUUGUUGGUCGCCACACCUGGGCGGCUCCAGGACCUUGUUGAGGAGUCCUCCAUAGACCUCGGCUAUGUGCAAUAUCUAGUCCUCGACGAGGCGGACAAGAUGCUGGAUCUGGGCUUCAUCGACGUCGUGAAGUCGCUUAUUAGCAAGAUGCCUAAAGCCGGGGAGAGGCAGACUGUCAUGUUCAGUGCGACGUGGCCUCCGAACGUGCAUUGUUUGUCCGAACAGUUUUUGGACAAGCCCGUGCACGUGAUAGUAGGCUCUGGCGAUGAAGGCCUUGCCGCCAACAAGGCAAUCCGCCAGGAGGUGGAAGUAGUUCAGCACGACAAGGAGAAGCAAACUAGAUUGCUUCACCAUUUGAAGAAGCACUAUGCCCCCGACAAAAAAGGGUGGCGGAUCUUUGGAUUGUACAAAAAGGAGUGCGCCUGGCUCGAGACCUUCCUUUACGAGAAGGGCUACACGAAGGUGGGUCAGUUAUCAGGGGACUUGACCCAGGAGAAGCGCACGAAGACGAUCGAGGAAGAUUUCAAAGCCACAAGGGUCACGCCAUUGAUCGCCACGGACGUGGCCAGCCGCGGUCUGGACAUCAACGACGUCGAGCUGGUGUUAAACUACACCUUCCCGCUCACGAUCGAGGACUACGUCCACAGGAUCGGCAGGACUGGGCGCGCGGGCAAGAAGGGCCUGGCGGUCUGCUUCUUCUGUCCAGACUCCAAGGGCGCGCAGGACGAAAAGGCCCAUGCGGGGGACCUCGUCAAGAUCAUCAAGGACCUCUUCCUGACGCCGGUCAGCAGCCUCCAGAUGACCUGUUGA